CACGCUACAUUCGCGUUUAUACACAAACGCCAUAGUACGAUGUGCCAGUUCGGUAUCAAGUAUAACCUUCCGACUUGUGGAAGUUUUAUUAUUUUUCCAGAAUCGCGGAUAUCUCCGUGGUGAGAAGCCGAGCGAACGGAUUCUCGCGCGAUUGCACGUCUCACGAUGAAGUUCACCGAGGGUGAAGAAGUUCUUGCCAAGCAUCCAAAGAACUCGGAAUAUUAUAAGGCGAGAAUUCUUGAUGUAACAGGUGACCGAUACAAGAUAAAAUUCAUGGCAGGUGGUGAACAUGUGGUUAAAGAGACCGAUAUGAAGUAUGAGGAGAGAUCAACUGGCAGAUCAAGGAGGACGACAAAAAGUCCUACAAGAUAUUCUCCAAGCAGACAAUCCGAGCGUAGACGAUCUCCAGGUAGACCUCGUAAACGCUCGCCAGGUAGAUCGGUAGAUAGCUCACCUAGUAGACGAUCUAGCAGAUUAGUUAAACUGCCCAUUCGUAAUACGCGUUUGCCAACGGUAACUGUCUCUCGCAUAGAUGCCGAAACUGGAAAGCAGAGUAAUCACAAAGAAAAAAGUGAUACAGAAGCACAGGACGAGUCUCCAUCAGAAACCAUGCCUCUAUCGUUGCGUUUGCGGACACUCGGUAUGACUCGUAGAUCGAUACGACAGUCCAGCGUGAAGACUGAAGAAUAUAAGUCAAAUAUAAUGAGAAAUAUGGACAGAGCAGUUUCGCUUCCAUUGGAACGAAAAAUUAUUGAUUACCUUCCAGAAGAAAGAGUACGAGGAUAUUCGAUGCAAAAAGAUCAAGAUCUGAAACCGCUUGUAUCGCAAGACAGCGAGAAGUGGGAAAAAACGGUGAAACGCGAGAAGGAGAUUAUUAGAGUCGAUAAACCGCAGGAAUGGGGUGGAUGGAUCGGAACAUCUCUUCUUAUUUUAUUAUUACCGUUGUCCAUAAUAUGCCCGCAACUUUUGUGCUCAAAGCAGCAAUGCAAAUCUGCUUACGUGGAACUGCCAAAAGAUUUGGAAUCUUAUAUAAAUUUAAGAGCAUUAUUAUCUUACGUCGUAUUUCUAAUAUUAUUAGCUUUUGUAUCGAUUAUACCAAUUGGAAAAAUUGUGGACGGACAACAGAGCAAACUAGGAAUAUUGCAAUAUCGCGUGAAUGGUUUAUUAAGCGCUGUGUUAGCUAUAAUAGGCUUUAGUUUACUUUUGGACAAAGAUGUCCCGGUUGCUGAUUAUAUUCUAAACAAUAUCGUGCAGUUAUCAAUUAGUGGCUGGCUCGUGGGGAUGAUUUUGGCAUUGGCAUUGUACAUCAAAGCGGGAAGAGCUCCGGUGGCUACUCUAAAUAUACACGCGUCAACCAAAAGCAGAAUAUACAAUUUCUGGCAGGGUAGGGAAAUCAGUCCACGAAUUGGCUCUUUAGACAUUAAGCUGCUGUUAAUACGAGCUUCUCUCAUUGGCACGUUGAUUCUGAACAUGGCUGUUGGAGUUAAAGCCAUUGGAAAUAUAAAAACUCUAACUAUCGGGCAGUUGGAUAGUGCCGCGUUGUUAGUCACUGCCUUGCAGCUGUUUUAUAUUAUGGACGGAUUAAUAUUUGAAAGCGCUAUCUUUACGUCUUUUGCAAUAAUGUAUGAAGGAACUGGAUAUUUGACAUGCGUCAGUCAUUUGUUGUAUCCAUUCUUGACGACUCUCACAACAAGAUUUUUUUUGUAUCAAAAGGCAAAACUUAAUUACUUCGUUGGCAUAUUUAUUGUCAUCUUUGUAAUAGGCUACGUUCUAUACAGAGCUAGUAAUUCGCAGAAAAACGCAUUUCGUAAGAAUCCUCUUUCGCCAACAUUACCUUUAAUAGAAACUAUUCCAACGUUGCGUGGAAAAAAGCUGAUGGUGUCCGGUUUGUGGGGUUACGUGAGGCAUCCAAAUUAUUUGGGCGACAUCGUGAUGCAAUGGUCCGUGGCGAGCAUCAGUUUGCCGAUCGUUGACGUUCUGCCGUAUUACGCGGCAAUCUGUUGCGUGUUCGUGCUGACUUACAGAGCCGUGAGGGAUAACAGACGCUGUCAAGAACGAUACGGAUACGCGUGGGAGCAGUACACUUCGCGCGUGAAAUACAUGAUCUUGAAACCAGUGUUUUGAGACACAAUAACAGAAAACAGGCUAUUUUAUUUUUAGUAAAACUAUUUUAAGUAUCAUUUAUGUAAGAUGUCCGGUAAUAAUCGUACCCCACCUUUUGUUAGCAGUCCUUUAUUAACCUUUGCCCGAAAAGUCCUUUAUUAUUUUUGCGAAUUUUGUAAUAAUUAGUGAGUUAUUGAUUUUUAAAGAUCCGCGAGUGAGCGUGAAAAAAAACGUGACAACACAAUGAGAGAAGUUCGAUUUUUUAUCUGAAUAAAUUAUUUUAUCUGAAUAAAUUAUUUAAAAUAAUUAAGUCGGACCAAAGAGCCGGUAAUUUUCAACAGUCGGUGGUUUUUGUUUCAAAAUUGAUUUAUUUUGAUUUUUAUCAACAAUAAAUUGUUUAUUUAAUGGUUUAGGUUGCAGUCAAAAUUAUUACUACUAAUCAUUGCUGUUUAUAGAGCUUCCCGCGCGUCUAACAAUCAUGAGUGCGUAAAACUAGCUCUUCACUAAGAUGCUCGUGAAUCUUAAUAAAUUAAUAACUCAUUAAUUAUUGCAAAAUGGUAAAGGACUCAGUAUAAUUCACUCUGUCUGCUACGAGAAGUGAGUAUGGUUAUCAUGGAGCACCUUGUAUAUUUUAUAUAUAUAUAUAUACAUACAUAUAUACAUAGAAAAAUUUAAAAAAGCAAAAAAUACUCCAAAUGUAAUAUGCUCAUUACAUUUUGUAAGAUCUCUCUAAUCGUACGUUUCUUUUAGUAGAAUAGAAUAGUUUUAUACAAACGUCAUGUAUUCUUAUUGCAAUAAUAAUGAAUUUAUUAUUAGUAUU